CCAUCAGCCCUUUGAAUUCCUACCUUGGAUAUUGACGCCACAGGCAGCUACUGAUUGGGCACUUUGCGCCAGGUUGGAGGCAUCUCGUCGGAUAUUAUUUAUCCCAUUGUUGUGUCAACUGGCAAUACCAGAAGUUCAUCAAAUGGAUCCAAACAAGCCUCCUGACCACAGUAGUAUGACGGGCGUUUCUUGGCUGGGACGUGGAAGAGGACUACAGCCAGAGGCGCCAUCUGCAGGACGUAGUAGAGGGCUGCCACUCUCUACAGAAGAGUCUGGUAGAAGACGAGCCAGAGAUUUUCCUACUCCUGGCGAUACCCCACAAGGACGAGGAGUAACUCUGCCCGGAACUGAACCUGUGUUUGGACGAGCUAGAUGGCUGCUGGUACAGCCUGAUGGAGGAGUUGGCCGAGCCAGAGGGCUGGUCUUCCCAGCGGCUGAACCAAAGGUAGAGGCGGCAAGAGGUGCAGUCCUGCCUAGUCUGGAGCCACAGAACAGACAGACACCCCUGUGUGAAACCACGCCACGAGACCUACCAAAAGAGGGUGACAUGCCUACCUUUGGGCAAACAUCAGCAUUGGUCUCAAUGUUUAGAGGAAUGGGCAUUGAGCCCUCAUUGACUUCAUGGGGAAGAGGAACACAACCAAUGGGAAGAGGAGCAGCUGGAGAAAUGGGAGACAUGAAGCCGCAGGGUCCAACAGGUGUCAUCGGCAGCCCAGAAAGCAUCAGCCAACCUGAAGAGGUUAUGGGCAGAGGCAGCAGUUUCCAUAGCCGUGGUUUGGCCCCUCUGACGAUGGUGGGACUUACAAGAGCAGCGAUGCCGGAGCAUGGAAGACACCCUCUACCUCCAUUUCCUCCGGGUCAUAUCAAGCCUGUUUCUCCUGCCUCUGAGCAGCAAGCGGCCCGACCAUCUCAGACUUCCUGUACAGUGCCCGCCACUGAAGAGUUGCUGGAGCUUCCCGCUGCUCCAGGAAAGAUGGAGCUGAAAAUGGAGGCAGUGCGUGAGCCAACUAAUAAGGCUGGAACAAAAGGACCUCCUAUAACGAUCGGCUCAAAUCACAUCCCGAUUCAUUGCAAGAAUGAAGCAGUUUAUCAGUACCAUGUAACGUUCACUCCAAAUGUUGAAUCGAUGGGAAUGCGUUUUGGCAUGAUGAAAGAUCACCGCCCGACCACAGGGGAAGUAGUAGCUUUUGAUGGCUCCAUACUCUACUUGCCUGUGAAAAUGAAUGAUGUGGUGCUUCUCAAGAGUUUGAGACGGACUGAUAAUGAGGAAAUACAGAUCAAAAUCCAAAUGACAAAGAUUUUGCCACCCAGCUCAGACCUAUGCAUCCCCUUCUACAAUGUGGUGCUCAGGAGGGUGAUGAAAACGAUUGGACUGAAGCUGGUGGGUCGAAAUCAUUACGAUCCAGAAAGCGCAGUCAUACUUGGAAAACAUCGGCUGCAAGUGUGGCCAGGAUAUUCGACCAGUAUCAAGCGCACAGAUGGAGGCCUGUUCCUGUGUGUGGAUAUAUCUCACAAAGUCUUGCGGAAUGACUCUGUGCUGGAUGUCAUGAACACGUUGUACCAACAGAGCAGAGAGAACUUCCGAGACGAGUGUGCCAAAGAACUCAUCGGCAGCAUCGUCAUCACCCGCUACAACAACUGCACCUACCGCAUUGAUGCCGUUGAGUGGGACAAGUCACCCAAAGACACCUUCACUUUGAUGAAUGGCACAAAAACCACCUUUGUGGAAUAUUACAGCAAGAACUACGGGAUUACAAUCAAAGAGAUGGACCAACCUCUGCUCUUGCAUCGGCCGAAGGAGAGGUCCAAACCAGGAGGGAAGCAAAUCAUUACUGGAGAGAUCCUUUUGGUGCCGGAGUUGUCCUUUAUGACAGGAAUACCUGAGAAAAUGAGGAAGGACUUCAGAGCGAUGAAGGACAUGACCAUGCACAUCAAUGUGAGCAGUGAGCAGCACACCCAAUCAAUAAAACAGCUUCUGAAGAACAUCAGCACCAACGCUGAGAGUCAGAAGGAGCUCAGCCGAUGGGGACUCGAGAUUUGCUCAGAAAUCCUGGUGCUUAAAGCUAGAACUCUGCCUGUUGAAACCAUCAGUCUGCAGUCCACAUCCUUUGGCACUGGUGCUGAUGCAUCCUGGUCCAGAGAGAUUUGCAGGGAUGCUUCGAUCAGCUCUAUCCCAUUGACCACCUGGUCAAUCUUCUACCCUCGCCGCUGUGCAGAGCAGGCUGAAGAGCUGGUUUCCACCUUUAACAAAGUGGCCGGGCCCAUUGGGAUGCGACUGCAUCGACCCAUUAGUGUGGAGCUGAGGGACGAUCGCACUGAGACUUACGUCAAGAGUAUCCACACUCAGAUUUCCAGUGAGCCCAAUAUGCAGCUCGUAGUGUGCAUCAUGGUCGGCAACAGAGACGACCUCUACAGCGCCAUCAAGAAGCUCUGCUGCAUCAACAGUCCCAUCCCGUCUCAGGCCAUCAAUGUCCGGACAAUUUCCCAGCAGCAGAAGUUGAGGGGUGUUGCCCAAAAGAUACUCCUGCAGAUAAACAGCAAGUUAGGAGGAGAGCUGUGGACUGUCAGUGUUCCUUUGAAAAACUUGAUGGUGGUUGGAGUGGAUGUCCACCAUGACACCAGCAAGUCGCAUCGGUCAGUCAUGGGCUUUGUUGCAAGUGUGAACAGCUCAAUGACCCGCUGGUACUCCAGAGUAACUUUCCAGACACCCACUGAGGAGCUGAUCAAUGGCUUCAGAGUUUGCUUACUGGCCGCACUGCAGAAAUAUUUUGAGGUGAACCACAACUUGCCAGACAAGAUUGUGGUAUAUCGGGACGGCGUGUCAGAUGGUCAGCUGAAGAUGGUGGAGCAGUACGAGAUCCCUCAGUUGAUCAAAUCCUUUGAGACUUUCCCCAACUAUGAGCCCAAGCUGGUCUUCAUUGUGGUCCAAAAGCGCAUCAGCACCACCCUCUACUCCUCGGCGUCAAACAACUUUGGCACACCUCCACCUGGAACCAUUCUGGAUCACACGCUCACUCAGCGAGACUGGGUGGAUUUCUAUCUGAUGGCACAUCACAUACGCCAGGGCUGUGGACUUCCUACACACUACAUCUGCUUGUACAACACGGCAAACCUCACACCAGACCAUUUGCAAAGGCUAACUUUCAAGAUGUGCCAUUUGUACUGGAACUGGCCGGGCACUAUUCGUGUUCCAGCACCAUGCAAGUAUGCCCACAAACUGGCUUUCCUGUCGGGCCAGUACCUGCACUUAGAGCCGGCCGUCCAACUAUGGGACAAGCUCUUCUUCCUUUGAGCUGCGCCAGUUACUACCACGAGCAACUGUGCAAAAAGACAAAACUCAUUUGAAAUGCUGACAGCUUCCCACUUCAGACUUUAAAGUAUACUGGAAUACUGAAAAACACUGUCGACUUCCACCUAGGAUUCCCAUAUAGAGAAAAGUUCAGUUUAAAAUGAAUGUUUGCAAAGUUCUUCUCUUUAGACCUUGUGUCUGUGGCAUAAUUAUCGGUCAAGUGUUGGUUUAAAGUUCAGACACUGUCUUGACAUUUAUUUCAGAACUAAUAAUAUGCACUAUACAUUUCUGCUUAGGUUGGGUUUGGUUUGUUUGUUGUUCAAAGAUGCAAAGUUAGACCACAGUGAAAGAGAUUGAGAGAGGAGAUUUCCAUACACAAGUAUCUCAUCAAUCCUGCCCAGCUUUGUUGUGCUGUACUGAGUUUCAGUAUGUUCGGCGCACUCAUCAUCUGUGUGGGCCCACUUUUUCUGUUUGAAGCCGUUUUUUGUUGACACCAGUCCAAAUGCCUUAUUUUACAGCAGUUUAAUUGAAUUUAGCCAUCAUUCAUUGUAUUAUGUACACCACUUCCUACUUGUGACUUCAGAAAUAUGUCUUCUGCGACAAAGGCCUAUUUGAGGCCAGAGUGAUGUAAACUGAACUACAGCAAAGUGAAGAUUUCUAAUAAAGGAAGGUGAUGCAG